CUAAUCAAUGACCAGGGCUACAGGCCGGCGAGCCUUGCUAUAUAUUCACCAUGUAUCCGCGAACAAGACUGGGGGGUAAGUCUGAAAGAGGUAAUUGAACAACACUUCAUAUCUCAUCUCCGUUUUCUCUUUGCGUCAGUUUCCUUUUGUCCUUUGAUGAUCACUUCGUCUCGUUCCAUUCAUUAAGAUAUCUAUCUCGAAGCAACGUAUAUUCGACCACCUACCAGAAAUACUCGUACCGACUUAAAGAUCAUCGAAUUCGCUUACAUAUAUCGACCUUGGAAGCCCUGUUGCGUUGCUGUCCAUGUUGUUCCAGACUUGUCAGUGGGUACCGGAGCUUAGUCAACACCUCAACAUCCUCAUCCACCAGGAAAGGGCCUGAAUCCAGUCAUCAAGCGUUAUAUCAAACUCUCUUUGAUCACGUAUUCCAGAAGUACAAUUUGAUCAAUCAUCGCCGUUCUCACAUCAGCACGAACAAUAAGCCUCUGUUGCCGAUCUUGAACCUCCGGCUCGAGCCUUCUUCUGGCAGGACAAUAUUGAUACAAGACUCUGAUCGAAUCCCACUCGAGUACACAUAAGUCUAGGGGGUAGAACAUCGACCUUAGAAUCCGCCAUGUCGGAAAUCUUCAUUCUGGGCUUCCUGCCCGACUCUGAGAGCACCACACCCCUACCAAUCCACUGGUCCAUUCUCAUCUCUCCUGUCAAAGGCACAGACACCUGCUCGGAGUCCCAACCCCAACCCAAGUCCAAACCACGGCUCUUCCGGCAUAACAACUCCUCCCACAAGCAAUCCCCAACCGACACCGCGCUCUUCGACAUGCACGACCACCAACUCCGCCAACAACCAUUCCCAGUCCCCAGCCCUGCCUCCUCAUCCACCGACCUCGAUACCUCGUCUGAAACAGCCACCACCACCGCCGCAACAACAAGCAUCGCAUCUUCCAUACCCAAUCACCCUCUCCGCCUCGCCAUCCGCAUCGCCCUGGCGACACACCACUCCCCGCCAUCGAAACUCGCUCCCAAGCUCUCCACAAUCCUCUAUCAGACACCCACCUACGGGCCCUCGGACGACUGGCUGCGCGCCGCCCUCGAACAACUCAUCUCCGCCGACAUCCUAGAGUCCGACGCCGACAUCUACAAGGCCUCCUCCAUCUUGGACUUCAUCCACGCCUCCACGGCCCAACACGCACAGGACCUCUCCUCCUCCUCCGGCCGUGUCGUCGAUUUCGACUACUCAGCCCAGCUAUCCCGCACAGCCCAAGUCAAGGCGAUGUUCAAUCAGCCGCGCACGUCUUCAAGAACGCCCUCGCCCUCCGUAUCCUCUACCAUCAAAGACGAAAAGGCCAAGGACAAGGACAAGGCCAAGAAACGCUUCUUGGGCUUCUGGCUUACCCAUGGCAGCGGCGGCCACGACCACCAUCCGCAGCGCCGCUGCGCGUACCAGCCGCACCCCUGGCAGAGACAGGACGAUCCAUAUGGCGGAUUGAUGUGAGUACUCACGCCCCCCUUUCCAGUCACCUCACCUCGGCGCGCCAGUCGCUCGCCAUGCCAAAAGUUUUACAUUCGUCAGAUGUUAAGACGUGCGUGUGCGGCAGGGGUGGUCGCGUACAAAGGCGGCAGAUGUACACACCAAAUCCGUGGGAAAGAAAGGAUGAUCCGUAUGGGGGCCUCAUGUGAAGAUCGAGGCCAUUCCCCCAAACGGUUACAAAUUUUUCGAAUAUAUUGUAUGAAUAGUAAUUUGCAGCCGUCCUAACUGACCCUCAAUCCUUCCUCCAUGCAUCCCAGCUCCAUGUUGUAGAUUGGUUUGAUGCAGAAUUAAUUUCAGAACCAUGCUACGUAUGGCUUACAGCUAGGGCUAACUUAGUAGAGUAUAGAUAAAGAAGCAUAGGAAAAUUGAGUCCGGGUUUCGAGGCAUACCGGUUGCCUGGAUGGAUAACCCCUGCACAUAUCAUCCACAUCACCACUCGUUACGCCUGUGACAUUCCUCAAUCAGAACCCCCUGUGCGCCUGCUCCUCAUCCUUGGACGAGUGCAUUGUACGUAGACAGGCUCAGUAAGCCUGGCCCGGUGGACUUUGCGCUCGAUGCUGCUGGGUAGGAGGCACGUACGCCCCGGGGAUCGGCACAGCAUCGUACGUCUGCUCACCCGGCGCCGCACCAACAUGGUCGUGCAACCUGUCCUCUGGGGGCGGGGACAUGGGCGGUUGCGGGGGUGGCGAAGACGUCAGACCUUGUCUCUGGAACCCUUCUGCCGACGACAUUUUCGGCGUCGCGCUGUGUACCUUGAUUGGUGGUGCCUGCAAUCUGAACGGCGAAGUCGUGGUAUUCGACUGCGGCGACACAGAUGCAAACUGCAUCGGGGAGCCCGUACGUCCGUCCGCACUCCGUGGCGAGUGGACAGAUUGAGCCAUGUGCGAAGGGAAUCCGGGCGUGCGCGGUGUCUGGAUGCUCGCAAAGCCCGGCGUGUUCGGUGCCGACUGCGUGCGCAGCUGAGCAAGGUACAGAUCGGUACGGGCACGGUCCCUGGCGUCCAUCGAUUUCCUGAGCCUGUUCUUCGACCAGAAGCGGUAGAAGACGAUCCCGUAAAUCAUGAUGACAAUGACCUCGACAACGACCUCAAUGAUGCAACAGAUUAGAGACCAAUCCUGGAGACGGCAGACGAGCGCGUAGUGUACGUCGUCCUCGAAUAGCUGGCGUCGUUUGUUGUCCUUGCAGCUCCAGCCCCAGAGAUCGGUUCCGCCGCCAUUGGACUUGCUGCCGUGCAAGAUGCCGGCUCCAACCACCCACAUGACAAUGCUAAACAAGAACCAGCCGACAGCGAACAUAGUGUAGUAGACGGCGACUUUCUCGGCUCGACGGUGGCCGCCGCGGCAGUAUGCAAAGAUGACGAUGAUCGAGAAGAGGAGCGAGACACAGGCGAUACUGAGAACGACUAUCUGCGGCCAAGUCUGUUGCUUGGGCGCCCAUGCCGUCAGGUUGUUGCGGGGCGGUAUAGCUUUAGUGGCGUGGAAGAUGGUCAGGACAGUACUCAGCAUAGCGAGGACGAUGAGUGAGCAGGAGAAGUUGACGCCUCGUAGGACCAUUUUGGCCAUUCGAACGCGGGUCUUGACUUUCUGUGCGAGAGGUUAGUCCGGUGCUGUUUACCAUCUAACUCACGUAGGCUGUCGUUUACAUACCAGAUCUUUGGCUUGCUGUACUUCAGUCUUUUCUUCUUCCUUCUCUAGCAUCUGCUCUUCCCGGAAGGUCGGGCUCAGAGGGUUCAAGAGCCUGUUUGAUGUGCCCGGUGUCUUGAGGGCGGAUUUGAGAGGCGCACCAGCUGCUCCAUUGAGGUCUCCUCUGACAGUGACAAAUUGCUCGACUGGUUGACUGUCUGCGAUAUAGCCGAAGCCUACAUCUGAAGGUUUGGGACCGUCCAUUCUCGGGUCCGCAAAAGGAGAUUGAUGUUCACCAGGUCCGGAUGCCGGCGAAAAGACCGACGUUGCUUCGGCGAAGCGAGUUUUCCGAACCUGGUUCCCGACCGAUCUGGUAGAAGAAGCCGUUGAAUUUGUUCGGAGAGAUCGAGUUGUCGCCUUGAUUUCUGAUUUUUCGUCGAAAUCCUCAAUGGCAGGGCCCGCCGUGCGAGUAGGUUUGGAGUUGGCGGUGAUAUCGAUAGGUGACACUGGUUCGAAGUGGGAUGGUGACAUGGCUAUUGAUAAGACUCUGCUCGUUGCAGUGUGUGGUAUGGCAGGGAUUCCCCAGAAGAACCGGACUGACUGGCGCAGCAGGGGCGGAUGCUGACGUGAGACGGUCAAAUCCUAUUUCAAUAUAUACCACGUCGACUGCCUCGUAAAUCGCUGUAUCUCGUCUUUUGUUAUCUUGUCGAGGACCAGCUCGGUAUCAUUUGUAUAGACAAUGAUGAAGAGGGAGCAGAUGGCUGAGGGAAAGCAGGUCGAGUAAUAGGUAACCUCCUAGGUAGGUGGGCUGACCAGAGCGCUUGGGGAGAUGUGAUUUGAUCUAUUGGUAGAAGGCAGUGGUCGAGACCAGAGAUCACCGUAUUCGUCCGAAGGACGCUGGUUCAGUGCUGUGACUGUAUGGCCUGCCAAAGAGUAAAACAAGUCUGGUGGCAAUUGGCGCUUUGAGGUCGACGAAUCGGCCAGGUUCUUGGAUAGUCAGGCCCGCAACGUAAAUGCAGGGCAGCACAGGGCUGGGGCGGUGCACAGCAGAGCUUGGUAGGAGUCAAAGAGAAACCGCUCAGCGAAGCCUGCGCGAGCUGGGAGAAAAUAUAACAAGUUGCGAGCUUGGGAAUUGGAACGGGAUGGGAAGAAUGAGAGAAACGGUGAAGAAGAUGUGGAAGCUUGUAGAGGAGAAACCGCAGUAGUAAUGCUGUUCUUUCUCCGGUAUACUAUUUGAUGCAUUAUUGCAAAAUCUCCCGGGAUGGAGACUCGAUGGGCGCUUGAGUUGUCUAGACGCAUGGUUGCUGGCCGUUGGAUGAGAACGAAGCAGAGAGAAGAUGCAGAAGAUGGAAGCUGGGGGGGUGAUGAAGUGGGAUCGAGGAGGAUAAUUGGAUGAGAAGCCUUAUCGAAGCGCCGAGGCACCACGAAUCAACAAUCAGAGGAGCUGCAGUCGACAAGGGUUGUUUUCUUACGCCUUCUGCUCACUGGAUGUUUCCUGUGAUGGCUUCUGUUAGUUUUGAUCCGCCUGCAGCGGAGGUGGAAAGACAGAUGCCCGCGUUGAGGGCGAGAGGGUCUCGGCUGAUCACCAAGGAUGAAAGGGUCCUCGAAUA